AUGGCGCGGAAGAGGAUGAGAGUGAUGUCUCCUCAGGCUAUUUUCUUCGUGGUAGCAAUCGCGGUGGCUGCUUUCUCAGGGUUUGCGGAGGCGUUCAAAGACCCGCACAACAAGUUCUGCGGCGAGGACGAGUGCUAUGCGGUGCUGGGCCUCCAGCGCGGAGCCGACAAGGCUGACAUCAAGAAGGCUUACCGCACGAUCUCGCUGGACGUUCACCCUGACAAGAACCCGACCGCUGCGGCGAAGGAAAAGUUCACGAAAGUGGCCAAGGCUUACGGUGUCUUCAUGGACGAGGAGCUGAACAAGAAGUACCACUUCUUCCUUGACCACCCGGACGCCUACUGGCUCGAGUACGGCCACCACUGGGUCAUGCGCUACGCAUCCGCUUCGGACGUGCGCGGCGUCCUCCUCGGCCUUCUCGUGCUCGUGUCGUUCUUCGCCUACGGCAUCCAGCACACGCGGUACACGACCGCCGUGAGGUAUCUCCGGAAGGCGGCCGAGAAGAACCUGGGACCUAAGUCGGGAGGCAACGCGGCGACCAUGCAGCUGAGGAGGGAGGCGGAAGCCCUGCUCGCCGAGCGAAAGGGAGAGGCCCAGGGGGGCAAGAAGAACGGGGUCGGCUCUAAAGGGAGCAAGGUAGUAAAGCAGAGCCGCAAGGAAAAGGAGGCCGAGCUGGCGGAGGUGAUCGCUGAGCUCUCGCUGCAGGUGGAGAUCAAGGGCAGCUGCCGCAAGCCCACGUGGAGAGACCAGCCGGUGGUGCUCCUCGCCAUGCUUCCCGUCCACACUGCUACUUACCUGUGGCACAAGUUUCAGCUGGUGACGUCGAAGCUGACGAAGAGGGAGGUGACGGCGUCGGAGCGAGAGUACUGGGCCCGCCGUUCGGUGGGGAGUAGCACGUGGGACGAUCUUGACGCCGAGACCAGGGCUACGGCCUCGGAAGGCGACGCUUGGAGGGGGGGCGAAGCGAUGGAGGAUUGGAAGGAGGCACACCUUUAUGGGGGGGGGGCGACGUCCUCUUCGAAGGGGCUUCGGAAGCGCAACAAGGUCGCCAGCGGGAGCAUGAUGAAGGGGGUGCUAGGGGAAGGGCCGGAGGUAGAAUACUAGUUUUCUUCCGGUGUUCUUGCCG